CACCCGACCCUGUUAGUCAAAGGAGAGACGGAAGGAGAUGGCCGACUAGGAGGCAACAACGAUACCUUUGCUACUUCGUCGGCGAUAUUCGUUUUUAUACAACACAUCUUCACAACUGAAGUGGGGAGAGGACGUUAUAAACACCCCCGCUCCUCUUCCACAAUGGCAGAACAAAACAGCAACGUCAGAUAUCAAGAGCUGGUGAACGAGGAGGAGCCGGCUCAGCCAUCUCAAGAGGGUCCCGCCCAGGACGCACCACCCCCCUACAGCAGCAUUGCUGCAGCCAAUGCAGCUUUCUUUGAGUACAAGGAAGAUGGAGGAAGAUUUCCUAACCCUCCGUCCUACAGCGUUGCCACCACUCUGCCCUCCUACGAUGAAGCUGAGAGAAGCAAAGCAGAGGCUGCCAUCCCCCUCGUCGCUGGAAGAGUCACGGAGGAAGACUUUGUGGCCAGGGACGACUUUGAAGACGCUGACCAGCUGCGAAUAGGAAAUGACGGCAUCUUCAUGCUCACUUUCUUCAUGGCAUUCCUCUUCAACUGGAUUGGCUUCUUCCUGUCGUUCUGUUUGACCACAUCUGCCGCCGGUCGAUACGGGGCCAUCUCUGGCUUUGGCUUGUCCCUCAUCAAAUGGGUUCUUAUUGUCAGGUUUUCUACCUACUUCCCUGGUUACUUUGAUGGGCAGUACUGGUUGUGGUGGGUGUUCCUGGCCCUGGGCUUCAUGCUGUUCAUCAGAGGCUUUGUUAACUACUCCAGAGUGCGUAAACUUGCUGAUCCCACCUACGCCACUCUUCCCCGCACAAGGGUACUCUUCAUCUAUUAGAGAAUUCAGGAUGUCGGAUUUGGAAGAACUGGACACGACCAACACAAGCAGCAACCCAGAAAUCAGCCAGACGAGUUAGAGAUGAAGACUACCGACGACAGUAAAAUAUUCAGGAAUUCUAUCACUUGUUUUAUUUUGUUUGAAACUUUAUUAAUGGAAAGCGGUUAACAGUAAUUAGUCCCUCUAUGUACUCAUUAGUGGCGAAUGUUAAGUGCUAUUUACAUCUCUUGUCUGUAAUGUAUAAGUAAUGCCUUAUAUCAUUUGAUGGUAGCAUACGAGCAUGCAUCUGCUCUCGAGGUCAAUAAAUAGAGAGUCUCGUUGGUGUUGGCGACACGUGGCCGUAAAGCCAACAGGUAUUAGUUAAUACAACACUCUAUAGACCUGCCGUAAGCAUGCGACAUACUUUGUAAUCUGCACUAAUCUCACCUCAUGGGUUUGUUGUGACUAUUAUAGGCUGUUUCUAGAUACCACAUACACUUAAGAAGUUGUCAUGAGGCUGUAUAUGACAAUGCUGAUAUCCACAUUAGCACAUAACUCGCUCACCUGUUGGCUUUAAGUAGUGUUGCCCUGAUUCUAGCCAGGAGGCGGCAGUGUUGUCUGCUGCUUUCAGGUGGCUAGAAACUCUUUAUUAAGGGCAUUGUCAUAAUAAAACAUACAUGCUUGUGAUUCAGAUGUUUUUAUCCAAUUCAAGUGCAGUGUCAGUGGAACACACCCAAAUUGCAUCCAUGUGUCAGAAGUUAUGAUUUUGCCUGUUUUUUUUUUGCUGUUCAUUAAAUCAGAUUAAAAAAAUCCACCCUUAAAAUGGAAUUUAAGAUUACAGACGUGAUCUUAGACCAGUCUGCGUUGUCAAAACACGAACAAGCCGCAGCUAGAAACCAGGUGGCCAGAAAUGUCAAGUGACAAACCCUCCGCAACCCGGAGCGGCUCGGUCAGCAGUGACGGGACGAUGACUUUUGGACAGUGACAGCAACCGGGAGGGUUUUUUGUGGGCGUACGAGCACAUUUUCUGGUUCAUGUCCUUUAAAAAUCCUUUAGAUGUUAGAGCCUGACCUUUUAUUUUUUUUUUCCUCUGACUCCUCAGUGAGUCAGUGGAGUCUGCAUCCCGUUCACUGUCAGUGGAAAAGCUCCGAGUCUCAGCUGUCUGGAUUUCAGCUGCUAAUGAUCCUGCUCAGACAUUUGGAUCCAGUUAUCUAAGAGCAUAAAAAUAGCUCACAUUCCAUUUUCAGGCGGGGUUUUUGCCAUAAGAUUUAAUUGACAGGUGGGGAAGGGAAAUUUUUUUCUUUUUUCUUUUUUUUUUCCGUUUUUCUGAAAAUUAUUCAUAAGGUGUAAGAUGCUAUCUUGUGGGUAUCAAAACUAUAUCAAAGAAUGUUGUAUGCAGGUGCACUUUUAGAAACAUAACCAAUAAAACCCAGAGGAUGUUCCCAUCAUGGUUUGAAGUCCCAGAUGUAUGAAACAAGGACUGAAUGAUGCAGGAUGUUGUCUCUGUUUUAUAUUCUGGGGAAAAAGAACAUGUCAGGAUAAUUAAGAUGUUCAUAAUCUAACCACUGAUUGUCAAUUGAAAGAGUUAAUAUGGAUUUUAGUCUGGCCCAGCAAACUGAUCUGUUUACCGAAUCAGUUAAACUCAUACGACAUGGCUUUGAUACAGACCCAUAUGCUUAUUUCUAUGUGAUGUAGAGCUGCAACCCUGGGGUUUUGUUGUUAUGAAACUGUACAGAAAGCGUUUAGUGUUGAAUAAAUGUCACUUUUAAUGCGUCA